AUGGACGGACAGGCGGCUGCGUUGCUUGCGAUCCUGAAGAGGCCCGCGGCCUCGUCGGAGCAGAAAGUGCAGCAGUUCAACUCGCUCAAGUCGGACAUCAAACACUACCGCGUGCCCGAAUCUUCGCAGGCCGCCAUAUUCGAAUGCAUUCGGCUCGGCGUCACGCAACAGGCCUCGUCGACCCUCGCCAGCACCGCCUUUUCCACGCUGGGCCACCUGCUCAAGCGCCUCAAGAUCCAGGAUGCCUCCGGCCAUGCGAUUAGCCAACUUGCGCCGAGGCUGUUUGAGUCGCUGCGGGACCGCCUAGGAGACCUCCGAGAACCCGUGCGCAGCGCAGCAUCGCAGGCCCUCAGCGAGCUAUACCCCUACUGUGGCAGCGAUGUGGAGGACAUCAUUCGCGACGAAGCCAUCGGCGGCUCGAAUGCGCGCGCGAAGGAGGCCGGCAUGCGGUGGGUGCUCAGGAUGCACCAGGAUGAGAAUAUGCCCUUCAAGGGCUACACGGCGACCAUAGUGGCGCGACUCGAAGAUGCAGACGGCAACACUAGGGAGGCCGCCAAGACGGUGCUGAUUGAGCUGUUCAGUAACGCGCCGGACAGGGCCAAGCUUGAUCUGAAGAGACAGCUGAAGGCACAUUCUGUGAGACACUCAAUUGCUACACAGAUUCUAACGCAACUGGGCGCGGAAGACUCGUCCUCGCGACCUCAGACCGCGGGACGAGACAAGGCAGAAGCAUCCCCGAGCAUGAACGGCUCGACACGUUCGCUACCAACUAUGGACCACGCAGCACACCUGGCAGAGACAUUAAACAGUGAGGCUGCACAACCGCCACCACAAGAGACAGUGCCCAUGGACCCUAUCUACAUCGAUACGUCACGCGAGCUCGAGGACACCUUCGUAGACAUGCGACCACAUUUCGAGGGCAAGGAGACAGAGCAGAACUGGAUACCACGAGACAAGAACAUCUUGAAGAUACGGCGGAUAUUGAAGGGCAACGCACCGAAUGAGUCCCACCAGGUAUUCAUGGCUGGCAUUAAGAGCAUGGUCGAGGGCAUUAUCAAGGUCGCGAGCUCGCUGCGGACGACGAUGGCGACAAAUGGAUGCCAGCUAGUGCAGGAGCUUGCGAAGACUCUUGGACCAGCUCUUGAUCCUCACGUCGAGAUGUUCUUGCAGACAUUUAUCAAGAUGAGUGCAGCGACAAAGCAUAUUGCAGCUGAGGGCGGCAGGGUGACUGCAGACAGCAUUUUCCAGAACUGUUCGUACCACAUCCGCAUGGUCCAACACGUCUGGUCAGCCGUACAGGAGAAGAACGUGCAGCAAAGACAGUGCAGCGCAGAGUGGCUGAGGACGAUCAUGCGGCGUCAGGCGAGCUACAAGCACGGCUUCGAGAGUUCGGGUGGGCUGGAGCUUGCCGAGAAGUGCAUCAAGAAAGGACUUGAUGAUGCGAAUCCCAAGGUCAAAGAAGGCUACCGUGCGACUUACUGGAUCCUGGCAAAGGACUGGCCGCAGAAAGCAGAAGCCAUCAUCUCCAAACUUGAUCCCAAGUCUCGGACAGCGCUUGAAAAAGACUCGCACAACCCUAACGCUUCACUACACCAAAGCACUGCGGCUCCACCAACGGGAAGAUCGACUGGCACUGCGAGUCGAAGCGCGCUCAGAGAGAUGAUGGCCGAGCAGAGGAAGGCGAAAUCUAGCGCCAAGCUACCCUCUCGACCGAAUUCUGCCAUGGCGGAUCUGUCUCCCGCCAAGCAACGUCCUUCUGCUUCUGCCAGUACUGUCCGUGGCAAGUCGACGCUAUCUCAGGUGCAGAACCGCAAUGUGUCGACGACGUCCAAGGCAUCUUCUGCAGCUGAACCUCCUGGUUCUACUGGCGCGAAGAAGGGUAGUUCUCUGAUGUCUGGGCCAGUACGUCGACCGCGAAGACCUGAAAUUACACGACCUCAAACGGCCGACCCUUAUGCAUCACGGAGGCUGCUACGACCAGAGACUCCCGCAGACGCAACCCCAUCAGGCAGUCCCGAUAAAGGCACUGGCACGUCCAAAGGAUCCAUCGGGUCGACGGCCGCUUCUAGAAAUAGGGCGAGAACAGGCGAGACCUACGCUGGCAGCCCACAGUCGAAUUCCGCGAAGCGUAGUCCAGUGCGCAGCCCUGUACUCCAUCGUGCCGCGCCACAACACACCUCCAGCUCGAGGCCGACUAGCAAAGGGAGCAUAAAUGCAGACCUCAUGGCUGGCUUGAAGUUGGACGACAUGACGAUGGUCGUGCCAAAGACUGCUCUGACGGCUAGUAGAGGUGCGUUCUCGCCUGGCCACAAGCGACCCGGCCUCGGACAGACACACUCUGUAGACAGUGGCAUUCCCGACAUGGUCGAGGAUGCGGAUGGGUUCACCAUGGUGAUGCCGAACCUCACAAGCACGCGGCCUCGAGCGCGGUCACCCUUGGCAUAUCGAAGCCCUAUGAAGGCGAUGUUCCAGGAUGCUCGUCAAAUUGGCAAGCUGUCUCCCGAAGCAGAAAACCACAUGAAUGGCAACGCUUCCGAGAGCAAUGACGUGGAAUCCCAGCGGAGCAAUGGCGCGGUGAAGACGCCCCAGCCUGAAGAAGUGCAGGUCUAUGAAGACCCUUUCACCGACGGCGCACCGGUGGCUGGUGCUUUAGACAAGCGUACAGUCCUCGGCGAGCUGCCAGUCAACGAGAACAUCCGAUUGACCAGUCCUGCGCAAAGCAACACAUCUAGUGGAAGCCCCGCCGCCAGUCCGCUUCCUGUGCAAGAUAUGCGCAUGCCCAUGUCAGCACAAGACCGCGCAGACCUCAUGCGCAACAAGAAGCUGCUGAUCUCUGGCGUCGAGCGAAUACGCACAAAGACCCUCGACGCGCAUGGCUUCCGUAGGAUGCAAGACAUAGCAAAGUCAAAGGCAGACAUCUGGGAUGGCGGCAAAAAGUACGAUGAGCUGAUGGCAGUCGUUCUCGAGUAUCUGCAAACAUUCGAUCAGGACAACAAGCUCAAUCAGCAGCCACAGAAGGCGGCGGGUCUUAAGGCGCAGGCGAUGGGACUAGUUCGUGCUCUUCUGACGCUACAUCGCAAGAACGCCACAGCAUGGUACGCUAAAGCACUGGUCACUGUGCUAGUGUGCCGGCAAGGCAUUGAUGCAAGCAGCCACGUUCUGGCUGAUAUGCAUCGCACUGCUGACGAGAUCACGCACGAAGCAACACCGGAUAACUGCAUCGAUGCUAUCCUUGACUUCUUGCCCACCCCUGAUCAGGGCGAUGCAGUCGCUCGCUCCGUUGCCAUGGCACUGAUUGUGCUCCGGCAGCUAGUCACCAAGACAAAGGAGAAGGACAUCAACCUUGGGACGGAGAGACAGGCUCGCCUUGCACAGGCAUCAGCUCGACAUCUCAACGAUGCCGAUUUGGAGGUUCGCAAGGUGGACGUGGACCUCGCCAGUGAACUGAUCGGUCUUUACGGCACAACACAAGAAGAACAAGAACGAUUCUGGAUCGAGUUCAAGGGCAUUGACGAAGGUCGACUUGAAUUGCUCACCUACUACAUUGCGAAGAAGGGCAAGGCAUUUGGGAAAUAA